AUGGAGAAAGCAUCAAGGUUCUCUGAGAGAGGCCUUGAAAUGCUGGUGAAUGAGGCACAGGAAGAAAAUGAAAUAGCUGCUCGAUCUGCAUUCCUUCAGGGAAUGCGUCCCAUUGUGGAGAUUAAACAAAUUGGAAAUCUAAUUCCUAUUCCACAUCCCUCAAUUCCCCUCUGGUAUUUGACUGAUAAUAGUCCAGUUAUGAUACUUGGAGGAAUUCCUAAUCGCAAGGUUGUUCUUUUAUCGACCAAUGAAUUUGACAGUUUUUCAAUUUUGGAGCUGAAUAUUGACAGUUGUUGGAUUGGCUCCCUUAGCUGUCCACAGGGCUUGUUCUCUGCCACAGUAUAUGAUGCUAUUGCUACUGAAAGUAUGUUAUUUAUUCGUCAGAAUCAAUUGAUGUAUUAUUUUAAAGGAAAUUUCACCUUACUUCGCAAUAAUGAUGAAGGAUCAGAAACGGCAAAUUUCAGGAUACAUUACGACCUUCCUCUGAAUAUUCCCAAAGGUAUGGAUUUUUACAAUCUUGGUACUACAUGGCUCGCUAUACCAGGGGUUCCACCUCAUUCCCUCAUCCAAUACUUUACCCAUUCUUGGAAUGGAGAUUUUAUCUUUAUGACUGAUAUUGAGGAGCUGUGGUAUGGGAGAGAUGGUUUUUCAAAACUAACUCGCCUCAGUCCUUCAAAAGGUUGGACUACUUUUGUGGAAAUGCAGAAAAUAAAAGGCAUGAAAAACUACUACAAAAGUGAGACAACAUUAACUGUCUUCUUUGACAGACAAAAGAAAUUAAAAGAGGUUGUAUAUGCAGCCCUUGAAAAUGGCACUACUACGAUUUUUAAAAGGGAUAUCCCAGUCGAUGAAAUAUUAUCAUAUGAGGAGCUCUUCUCUUUGCCUUCCUACACUGAUAUCAAUGACACAACUAGUCAGCUCACAUUUUUAGACAAUUGCCCCUUUGGAGUAAUCUAUAUGCAAACAGCAGAAUCAAACGAGUUUUACAGCCGAAUCCAGAAUUACGUAGUCAAACCACCAUGGAUUUUUUCCAACACUGAGCUUGUAAAGUCUAUAUGUAGUCUUGUGCUAAGAGCUCAAGAUAUUUGUGUUGAUAUCAAGGCUUCAAUAGCCAUUUGCUUUCAGCAUUACCACUUCUAUCUGGCCAGUAACAAACUGUCCAAGGCUGGACUCUAUGUGGAAACGUAUGAUUAUCGAAAAAAGUAUGACAAAUUGAUAUUUGAUAAAUUGUCCUCUGUUAUUUACCUGGACAAAGGCAAAGGGUAUGAAUUUAGAAUCUACCUCACUGUGAAUACUGGAGAGGAGUCUGAAGAAUAUGAAAUCAAUCAGGCAUGGAUGUCAGCUCAGGUUUCGUCCCCAGACUAUGUUCUGGCUGAACUACAGAGGGAGGAGCUAUUGAGUAGAGGGAAUCUAAUAUACAAGGGUAGCAUACAGAUGAAAGUCUAUGUAGGAUGCCCACCUGGAAACAGACUUGCUUUUGACAUUGCCUACACUCUAAACUACAGUAUCAAUAAAAAUAACAUGUACUUUGACUGCCUCAAGCCUGAUGAAAUUCCGUGCUUCUAUUAUGAACACCCGUUUUAUCCCUUCUUUUUAAUUCAAGAUAUGGUAACAGGGAAAUCUAAUCAAUUUAUGGGCAGAUAUACCUUUAAAGUAAUUGGAGGUGGACCGUAUAAAAAAUCCAAUAUCAGAAACUUCAGUCCACGUGAGAUUCUGUUAUAUAACUCAGUGAAGUACAGGCAUAACUAUGCAGCAAUAUGGACGACUACAGCAAGCAACCCGAGCAUUGAACAAUAUACAAACGAUGGCUUCCUUAUUUUCCGAGGUGAUGCCUUUGGAAUUAGGUGGGUCUGCCAAAAGAACUCGCCCUGCAGUGAUGUACCAGCAGAAGGACUUAAAGGGCCAGAAUAUUUUUUCGUUAUCGAGGUAUCUAAUAGGGGGAUCGAUGCAAGUACAUACUGUGACUACAGACUGAAGUUUAUAAUUCAUGUACAUGGUUUACCACUCAACCCUCACCGAGCACUUUUCUUUAUGCUAAUUACAUUGGCCAUAUUGUGGUCAGUCCUAUUUGCUUUUGUUAUCUAUCGUUGCUGCCUAUCUUGGUUUGAAAGGAAAAUUAAAUUGUUAACGUCGGUUGAUCCAAUGAUCUUGCCUGCUCGCUCAGAUAUGAUCUUUUGA